GUGAAGAAGGAACUGGGAAACAGCAUCGGUGCAGCACUGAUAUCUGUCCUUAGUGUGUCCUGCAGCUCCUGUGGACAAACCCCCACACACAGGGUCCAUCACAGAGAGGGCCCACUGCCCACAGGCGCGCACAGAGCUCCCUUUCUUCAAGAAAAAGGCAAAGGGGGGAUUCCUUAAGUUGGAUGCUGCAGUGAUGAGAAGCCUUUUCAUCCGGCUGUUUUUCAGAGCCUCCACUGGCUGCGUUAAUUACAGGGCCCGGGGGCUGCACUUUGAGCUCGCUGCGCUCAUGCAGACUCUUGAGAAAAAGCAGCGCGUCGGAUUCUCACGACACAUAAGAAACACAAACACACACACACACGCACAAAUACAGUCCGUACACACACCACACGCCCGCGCGCACACACACGCCCGCGCCCGCCUGAGCCCGCGGAACCAGUCAGUCAGCUGCUCGGGGACAUUCCUGUCUUAAACAACUUCAGCCCGCAGACACCGGCGGCGUGAGCUGGAUCCUUCCCCCAGUCAGACCACAGCGAGACGUGAGAGGAUGUGGAUCGUCGUUCCUCCUGCCAGACCUCACUGAAACUUUUGUCGGUGAACAUAACGCGGAGAGGUGGGAGCAGGACCCCGCAGCCUGAGUGUCGGUCUCCGGAUACGAUGGGAGGCUCUCAGUAGACACCAUGGCUGUGGACGCGGCAUCCAGUUUCAGUUUCUGCAGGCCGGCUGUGGAGUACAGGGCCCUGCCGGAGGACUUCAAGCACCAGCUGAGUCGACGGACAGGUGGGAACCUAACCUGGCAUGACGGGCGUGGACAGAAAACCGCAGGAGGCAGGACGGUGAAGCUGCUGCAGCAGCCGGGCACGGAGGCCCUGCAGUACCGUUCCAGUGACAAUUAUGGGAUUUAUCACACCAGCCCGACGCAGCCGAGCCUGAUCCGCCCCGUCGUGCUGUGGUCGCAACAAGAUGUUUGUAAAUGGCUGAAGAAACACUGUCCACACAACUACCUAACCUACGUGGAGGCGUUCUCCCACCACGCCAUCACAGGCCGUGCGCUGUUGCGUCUGAACGGGGAGAAGCUGGAGAGGAUGGGACUCGUGCAGGAAACACUUCGGCAGGAGCUGCUGCAACAGGUGCUGCAGCUUCAGGUGCAGGAGGAGGGACGCAACCUGCAGCUGCUCAGCAGAAGUUCCUUUGGAAAGAUCUCAUAGGAAGAAAAUGUUUCUGGAAGAAGAAGCUGGAUGCUGUGGAGUUAUGGGAUUUUUACUCAAAUACACAAUGUGAAUCAGAUCUGCAGGAAAACAAAAAACAUUCAGCGAGCAGAAAUGUCCAGAAUUAAGUUGCUACCAGGAAGUUGGCAGCUUUUUGAUUCCGUCAGCACGACGAGCAGACAUGAUCUUCACGGACCGACCAUGAACUGUGAUGAAGACGCUCCAUGACAAUCUGUCAAUAUAUUGCUCUGCUCUGAGAUUAAUUAUUAACUGCUUCUCUCUUACUGUCUCUACCUCUCUCUCUCUCUCUCUCUCCCUCUCUCUGUGUGUGUUAAACUUUUUUAAUGUCAGAAAAAACAGAACAAAUAAAUAAAAAUAU